CCCGUGUGGGCACACACAAAGGAAAGGGCCCGAGCUUCAGCCGCCGCCUGCAGCCAAAGCGCAGAACAGAGCAGAACAAGAACAAGGCUUUUUGAAAGGUAGAAACCGGCCGCAUUCAACAACCUUCUUCUCAAUCCUGUCCGACCCUGCCAGAAACAGACUGACUCGGAAGCUAUUCUUUGGGGAGAGUUUUGCCCACCAUGACACAAUUACCAUAUGCUAUCGAUGCCGAAACCCCUCUGAGCCCAUCAGAGCUCGGAGUGCUCAGGGCACAGUAUGAGAAGGAGGGCGAGAUGGUGGGAGUGCAAACAAAGUUCAACUAUGCCUGGGGCCUUGUCAAGUCGAACGUACGCUCUGAGCAACACCUCGGCGUGAUGCUCCUUUCAGAAAUCUUCCGAACGUCCCCAGAACGCCGUCGCGAGUGCCUCUACUAUCUCGCUCUCGGAAACUACAAGCUCGGCAACUACGGCGAGGCGCGAAGAUACAACGACCUCCUUAUCGAAAAGGAACCUGCCAACCUUCAAGCUUCGAAUUUGCGCACGUUGAUCGACGACAAGGUGGCCAAGGAAGGGUUGAUGGGCGUGGCCAUCGUGAGCGGGGUGGCAGUUGCCGCGGGUAUUAUUGGAGGUGUGCUGCUCAGAAACCUGGGGAGGAAGAGAUAA